AUGUAUAAUUUAGAUGAUUUAUUAGCAGAGGAUGAAAAUGAUAUUAAUGAUGCAUCAAAUUUAGAAAUUGAUGAUAUUCUAAAUGAAAGUGAUGAUUCAAUUAAAGAAUUCGAUAUCGAAAAAGUAAGAAUAUUUCAAAAAUUAUUUAGGCAAAUUAAAUUUUGAGUGAAAAAAAAUAGAAAUUAAAAGUGCAUAUAAAAUAUGGAGAAUAGGAAUAUGAAGAUCUAAUAAAAAAAUAUAUUGAACAUGAUUUUGAAUAAUAAACAGAAGAGUUUAAAAUUGAAAUAUCAUCAUCAAAUGAAGAGGAAAUAGAAUCAUAAUCAUUGAUUGAUUAAAUAGAUAAAUAAGAAAGAAUAAUUAAAGAAACAACAUUAUUAAAUGUAGAAUUAAUAAACAAUAAUAUUGAAAUAGAAAAUAUAGAAAUACACGAUUUAUAAUAGAUUUCUAAUUAAUUAAAAAAAGUAUCAGGUCAACCUUGUCUAAUUAUUUUUUAAUUCAAUAUUCUAUCAAUAGGAACAUCAAUUGGUGAAAUAUUAGUAUAUUCAGCAGCUAAUAAUGAUUUUAUUGGUAUUUUAAUAAAUUAUUAAAUGAAGUUUUGAAAUAUAAUUCUAGAGUGAGUGCAAUUGAUAAUACAUAAGUAUUUUUAGUGGCUAGUUAUGAAGAUUGUGCAAUAAUCUUAUGGGAUCCAAAUACAAAAGCUUAAUUAAAACACAUUAAACACUAAGAACCACUUUUAUCAUUGAAGUUUUUUAAUGAAACUUAGUUUAUUAUUUCAGACUACUUAGGAUAGACUUCCAUGUGUAAAAUAACUAAAAUGUUAUGGUCAUAUUAAAUUGAGAUUGAUAAACUAUUGCCAAGGUAACCAUUAAUAAAAUUCAUUUAGACAGAUUAAUCCAUUCUAUUAAAUUUCUAUAUGCAAAUAAGAGUAUAUUGCAUUCUCUUGUUUAGAGUAAGUAAUUGUAAUGAAAGCUGAUUAAUAAUCACAAAUUAUAAAGAGAAUCAAAAGACAAAUAGAUGGCUAUACUUAUCCUUGUACAACUUGGGGAUAGUUUACUAAUACUGAAGAAUAUACAGAAAUGAUUGAAAUAGCAUUAGCAGUGUCAUGGGGAACACAUAUAGAAAUUUAUAUUGUUGAAAAAUAACAGUUAAUUUAAAAAUAUUCUUUUAUUUUAAAUACAAUUAUAUCUUGUAAUUGGGUAUCUAGAGAUAUGUUGUUGGUUAUUACAAGAGAGUUUUAAAUUGUCACUUUAAAUGUGUAAUAUUUCAAUAAAGAUAUAAUUACUGAAGAAUCUAGAAAUAUUUUGAGAAAAUAAAAUAACUAUUUAUAAAAUAAAACUGAAAAACCCAUUCAAUCAAUUACUCCUUUAGGGGAUGUAAUUAAUUUCCCAUUAUAAGUAAAUAAUGGUUAAUAAAUGGUAUCAAUAUAUAUGAAUUGUAUUCAUGCUAAUACUAGAUUCAUUUAUCUAUUGACUCUUCCAUUAAUCAAAAGACUUAAAUUGCUCAUUUGGUCAGAUUAUUUGAAAGUUAUGAUUGAAAAAGCAGAAACUAAGUAAAAUUGGUAUGAUAUUUUAUCAUUUGGAAUCAAGUUAUAUUGGAAUUAAAUUCAUUGUUUUGCAAUCCCUUAAACUAGUUAUGAUUAAAGAGUUGUAUUUUCAGAUAUUUCUAAAGAUAUAUGCAAUUCAUUCAUCUAUCUUGUUGGUUAAAGUAUUGAAUCCUAAAAAAUAUCAGAAUAAAUUAAAUAUGAAUAAUGGACAUAAACAAUAUAUUCAGCUAUUUAAUAUUGUAUUCAUUGCAAUUAACAACAAUAUCUCUUUACUGGAAUGAAGACUUUGUUAAUUAAGUUUCAUCGAUAUACUUAAUUGUUAGCUUCUUUAGAAUAAUUUAUUUUAAAUAAAUAAAUUAAAUAAAUUCCUACUGAUCUACUUCUUUAAAUAUCUACACAUUACAAAGUUCUAAAUAAAUCAGAUAUUGUAGAAUAAUUAAUUUUGUCGUUAGAUCCUAAAUUCUUAGAUAUGACUACAAUUUUUUAAAUAUGUUAAGAAAACGAUUUAUAUACUCCAUUAAUGGUUGUUUGUCCUCGUAUUGAUCAUGAUUAUAUUACACCAUUAUAAAAGAUGUAUUCUAACUUUUUGAAAACUUAGAAUUAAAAUAUGCUAUUAAAAUCAUUAUGGUUCAUUAAGUUGACUUUUCAAUAGAUAAUAUUUCCAAAUGAAAAGAUUCCUUCAGAUAGAUUUUAACAUGCUUUUGGAUAAGUGAUUAUGUGGUUAUUAAUUGAAGAUAUUUUGAGAAAUUUUGGAAUUCAUUUACCAAAAGAGCUUUUCGAAAUAUUGAAAAUAGCUAUGAACUAUACUUCAUUAUUUAAUUCGGAUUAAUUAUAAAAAUAUUUUAAUUAUCAAAAACCUAUUUUAGUGGCUUUUGUACAUAAAAUUUAUAAAAGCUUAUCAUAAUCAAUAGUUACUCAUGAGGGUUUAGGUAUUGAAUUUAGUAAAUUCAUUGGUUCAAUAAAAGGUUUAGUUCUUGAUGAAGAAAUAUACAUAAAAUCAUUAAAACAUUUAGUAUUAGAUCAUAAGAAUUUCUAAUUGAUAUUAAAUAUAUUAGAACAAAUAGAGUUGAAACCAUUAUUGAAAAAUGAACUAUUUGAAUAAGCAAAUGAUAAUUAUAUAAGGUCUCUAUUUGCUCCAGAUAUCUAUAGGUAGAUUGAUCUAUGUUUAUUAAAAGUAAAUAAAUCUUUUUUUUCACUUUUGAUCCAAAGGCAAUUGAAUUAAAAAAGAGAACAAACUUUAAAAGUUAUAGAAUUAUACUUUGAUACUCUUUUAGAAAAUCAUAAAACUUUACAGAUUUUAAAAUAGAUAAUACCUACUUUAACUUCUCAGGAAUAAUAUAAAUUAAUGAAUAGAGAAUAGAUUACUAAUGGAUAUAUGGAAUUAUUUUAAUCAUUAGGUCCAUAAAAUAAAGAAUUAAGAGCUUUAUUAAUUAGAGCUAGUUGUAUUCACUCACCAAAUUAUGUUUUAGAUAAAAUUCAUCAUUUUUCUUUGGAUGAUUUGGAAACAAUUUUUAUAGAAACCAAACAUAAGGAAGGUUUAGGAUAUAUUUAUGCAAGAGUUGGAAAAUUUGAAACUGCUAUGUAAUUUUUUAUUUAAAAUUUGCUUGAUUAUUUAUAGGAAUGUUUUACUUAAUAAUAAUAAUUUUCAAGUGAGAUAUUAAAUUUAAAAUUCGAUUUGUUAUUUUAGACAUGUAAAGACAAUUUAUCUCAUAAUGAUAAGAAUUUAUUUUUAGAAUUAGGUCGUGGAUUAUUUAAUAAAGAAACACAUUCUCAGAUUUGGAUAUUAUCAGAAUAAAUCAAUAAAAACAAUUAUUAAUAUAUGAUACCGAUCUUAUAAGUAAUAAAUACUAGAUUGUGUGAAUUUUAUAAUUAUUUGAGUAUUGAAGAAUUGAUUACUCUGAUGGAAGAAUAAAUAGAAAUUUUCAGAAUGAUAUGGAUAAAAUGGAGUUUUAAGAAUUUGAUUAAUGAUUAAAGAAUACAGUAUAGGAUUUGGUAUAAAAGCUAUUAUGUUGAAUUAAAAACAUAUUUAGAAUUAAAAUGGCAUAUAUGGCAUUAAAAUGUAUAGAAUAUUAAUUUUGUAGGGAGGUAGUCCUGAAUAUUAGAAUGUGUGUAGUAAUUGUAAUGAAAUCAUAACAACAGAUGGAUAAUAACAUGUUCUAAUAAGAAAGUGUUCACAUUCAACACAUUAGAGUUGUCUAUAAUAACCAUAUUGUCAUAUUUGCAAUCCAAAAAUAAAAAUGCAAUUGGAAAGUGUAUUAGCAAAUAGAAAUGUUAAUGAUGGAGUUGAUAUUAAGAGAAGAUAAAUAUUAAUUAAAGAGAUUGAAUUAAUGAAGGUUUAUAUGUUAAUCUAAAUAAUAGAAUCAUCGCAAAUUAGAAGAACAAAUGGAAGACUUGUAAUUAACAGCAGAUGAUAUUCGCAUUCAUGAAGAGAAUAGGAUUAUCCAUGAUUUAGAACUUUUUGAUAAAUUUUUUAAUUUAUGAGUUA